AUGAAAAUAGGAGGAGGAAUUAUUGUUUUUGCAGUUGUUGCGGUGGUGGCAGCUAUGACUAUGAGCAUAGAUGUGGCAGCAGCAGGAGAGGUGAACCAUGUCGUAGGAGGAGAUCACGGUUGGGAUCCCACCUCCGACAUCCUAUAUUGGUCUUCCGACAGAAUCUUUCGGGUCGGAGACCAAAUCUGGUUUACAUACUCUGCAGCACAGGGAUUAAUUGCGGAGCUAAAAAGCAGAGAAGAAUACGAAUCGUGUAAUAUGAGCAACCCUAUCAUGAUGUACACGGAAGGUUUGCAUACAGUCCCACUUGAGAAGGAAGGAAUGAGAUACUUUGUGAGUACUGAUUCUCAAAACUGUGAGAAUGGGCUUAAGCUGCGUGUUGAGGUUCAGCCCAAAGACUCGGGCUCACGGGCCUUGCCUGUGACUCAAACUGUUGUUGCUGAUGGGCCUGCUGCUCCUUCUGGUUCGGCCCGUUAUGGUCAUAAUCUGAUUCUUUCACUAUUGCUAUGUGUUAUUGUGGUACUUGCUUAUUGA